UAGUCUUCCACGCACCAGGGGGCGCUAACGCCACACGUUCUACGCCAACGGUCAAACCACCGUAGAAGAAGACGGUUGCAGGUGCCUGUGGAGGUGCCUGCUUGUUUUCUGUUUGUUCGUGUCCUCUCUGCUGAAAUUACAGUUGGAAAAUACUCCCUGUUUUAAGCAGGACUAACAUAAUUCACAUUAUGAUAUCAGAGCCUCCUCCCAACGCCACACAACCAAACUCUCCUCACAGCAGGAUGGCACAGUGGGGGGCCAUAUUCUCGAUAAUCGCUGCCCUCGGAGGAGCGGCGCUGUUAUCCUCUGUGCACAAAAUUGACGAGGGACACACUGGAGUUUACUACAGGGGAGGGGCUCUGCUGACCACCACCAGCGGUCCUGGUUUCCAUCUCAUGCUUCCCUUCAUCACCACCUACAAGCCUGUUCAGACCACGCUGCAGACAGAUGAGGUGAAGAAUGUCCCAUGCGGCACAGGGGGAGGAGUGAUGAUUUACUUUGACCGUAUAGAAGUGGUGAACUACCUUCAUCAAUCAGCAGUUUUCGACAUCGUGAAGAACUUCACGGCGGACUACGACAAAGCUUUGAUAUUCAACAAAGUUCACCACGAGCUCAACCAGUUCUGCAGUGUGCACUCGCUGCAGGAGGUUUACAUCGGGCUGUUCGACCAAAUCGAUGAAAACUUGAAGCUGACUCUACAGGAGGAUCUAACAUCCAUGGCCCCUGGACUCAUCAUUCAGGCGGUCCGUGUCACAAAGCCUAUCAUCCCGGAGAGCAUUCGCAGGAAUUACGAGCUCAUGGAGAGCGAGAAGACGAAGCUGCUGAUCUCUCAGCAGACACAGAAGGUGGUGGAGAAGGAGGCGGAGACAGAAAGGAUCAAAGCUAUAAUAGAGGCUGAGAAAGUGGCACAAGUGGCAGAGAUCAAAUACGGACAGAAAGUCAUGGAGAAGAACACGGAGAAAAGGAUCUCUGAAAUUGAAGAUGGUGCUUUCCUCGCCCGGAUGAGAGCCAGAGCUGAUGCAGAGUUUUAUACGUCACAGAGAAUGGCAGAAGCCAAUAAGCUGAAGCUCACCCCGGAGUACCUGAAGCUCAUGAAGUUCAAGUCCAUCUCCGCCAACAGUAAGAUCUACUUUGGGUCCGAGAUCCCGCACAUGUUCGUGGACUCGGGCUCCGCGGGGGGGUCAGUGAAGGCGUCUGCAGCCAUGGACAUUGUAGCCGAGCAGAUCAUGGACCUGGAUCACUAAACAAGAAGUACCGAAGCCCUCAGGAGGAGGUGGAGGUCUGUCUGCAGGAGGGGGGGGGGGGUCUAACCCCCUGACCCAGAGAACUCCUGCUGAACAGAGCCCGUAUUUCUCAAACACCUCAGAAUAACUGCUAGAUAUCACACUGAAGGUUUUACAAGGAUUUGAUAUUAUUCUCCUGCAGCAGAGCACAGGACUUGAGUUAUUUCAGGUUUGCAUACACUUCUGCAUAGUUCAUAGAGAUGGUCUGGAAUCAGUCAGUUGGGUUGCAGAUAAAGCGGAUGAGAUAGCAUCAACUGUACGUGUCUAAUUAGCUCUUUUUAGCAAACAUCUUUUCAUAUGUGCAUCUAGUGUACACAGUUCAUCAGGAAACAACAAACAUCUGGAAUGCAAAACUACGUAUGCAACUACUGAUUCUUAAAUGACCAAUUCAUCUGCCAAUAUCUUUCUCAAUUUAUCAAGUUUUGUUAAGUCAAAAAAGCAUUCUCAAAUUACUUGUUUUGUUUGACCAAAAUACCCAUAAAUAUUAGUUUACAAUGAUUCAUUACAAGCAGGGAAUCUUUUCAAUUUAGAAGCGGGAAUAAAAAACAUUACAGUUGUUUAAAAAUGACUGAACUUAUUAAUAGAUCAAAAUGGAUGAGUUAUUUCUGUAGAUUGUAGACUUUCUGUUGAUUGGCUAUAUUUAGACAAAUAGUGACUCUUCAUGUCGUUUAUAUUUGUCAUGCACCCACAUGCAUGUGUCCAGAGCAUUCAUUUGAAGCUGGGAUAUUUGUCAUGUAGGAAUUAUUUUAGGUGCAAUGAAUCUAAUCAGUAAUUGUUCUUGUUGCAUGCAUUUGCCUUUUGCUAACCCCUGUCCUUUAGUUACAUUAAUAAUUAGCAGAUAUACUAAAUCUAUACAUUAAAUCCUAAACAGUAAUAGUCAAGAUCAAGAAAGAUAUUAAAAUACUGGUCCCUGCUGCUCAAAGGAAGGACCACAUGUGUGUCUCUCUGAGGAUUUUAGACUUCCUAUUCUGAACGGCUUGAAAAAUACGGGCCCUCUCCAAGUAACCUCGUAGACGAGAGGACGAAGGAGCUGCUCGCUGCUGCCUGUCAGAUGCCACGUCUUCUGAGUUUGUGCAGCUGUCUGCUGUAUGUGUGUAGCACUCUCUCCGUUCAUUCAGCGGGGAGAAGACAUCUGUGCGGCUGCUUAUGUUCACUGUUCAUCUCUCUUUUGCACCAGUUUUAUUCAAAUCAGCGCCCACUUUAAACGAUUUAUCUUGCGUUAUGACAAAAACAAUUUAACAACUUUUGUACUCCAGUUUUACAGACGUGACAUAAGCUUUUCUCAAAGGGUAAUUUUCAGCAUUUUUGAUGAUUUAAAAUAACUAUUUAACGUGUAUCCUGUAGGAGUAGUUACAGGAUAUUUACAGUAGUGAAUCGGCUUAUAAUUAGAUGUAUACUGAGGGACUUGAUGUGGAAAUAGUAUGUAGAAAUAGUAUGUCGUAAUAGUAUGUCGAAAUCGUCUGUCAUUUGUCAGUUUUGGAAAACUCAUAAUCUUUUUUAUAGAAAUCUUGGCUUGAUCAGGACCAAACAUGUUCUCAGUCUUAGGUUACUAAAAUGCAAAUUGUGUCUUAAUGUUGACAAUAUACAUUUUCUCCCAGCAUUUAGCAAAUGUUAAGUUUGACUGUUUAUACUGAGGGUUGUGGCAUUGCACAACAAAGAACACAUGGUUGUGAGUUACCCUAACCCUAAGUGAUGUGUUCACAGAAACAAAUUAGCUUCAAAGUUGUAAAAUGUGGAUUCAGGCUUUGUGGGAAGCUGCGUGUUCAGGCAUCGAGGCUGCCACUUAGUUUGUUGAGCACACACUUUCCCACGAGAGAAAACAUUUUGGAGUUUGAAGCUAAAUGUCCUGUGUCCAAAAUUAACCUACACCCAACUUCUAAACAAACAGUUGUUAUGUGUUAUUGACCCUGCUCUUUGUUGUCGUUUGAAGCUAGUCUUAAAGUCCCUUUCCGUUUUUGUUUUAAUACAAAUGUCUCUUAAUUGAUUGAGAUUUAACAAUGACUUGAAACGCAAAGGUGUUUGCACUGAUUUCAAUUGUAAAUAUGCAAUCAAUAUAUUGUUAUUUGGCAAUAAAGAACUGUGGGUUAUA